GAGGAGGGGUCAUUUUAAAGAGCACCCGAGCGCAGGCUCCCAUCUCUCGCUCGCUGUGACAGCAAAGUGUCACACUGGGAACCACAAACUGGGACUUAUAAAGUAGCCUCUGAUCUUUCUCUUCUCUUUUUUUUACCACGUUUUCUCUCCUUUUGUCUUCUCAUUUCCAAAGAAGAGGCAUUUUCACUGACAACUUCUUGAACAGCUCUGGGACAGCACUUUUCUGAGGAGGCAAGCUCUUGGCUGUAAUAUUUCAUUGCAGUCAUGGCCCCUAAGAAGAAGAAUGUGAAGAAAAACAAAGCAGAUAUCAAUGAAAUGACUAUAAUUGUGGAAGACAGCCCCUUCGGUAAACUAAAUGGCUUGAAUGGACUCUUAGAUGGAGGAAAUGGUUUCAGCUGCAUCUCAUCUGAAGUUUCUGACCCAUUAUAUAGCCCAAAUCUCUUGGAAGGUCUAAGCAGAAUGAGACAAGAAAAUUUUCUUUGUGACUUGACUAUCAGUACCAAAACCAAGUCCUUCCAUGUUCAUAAGGUGGUGAUGGCUUCAAGCAGUGAGUACUUUCACAACAUCUUAAAGAAAGAUCCGGCCACUCAAAGAGUAGACCUCAAUGAUGUAUCCCCAUUGGGUCUAGCUACUGUUAUCACCUAUGCUUACACUGGGAAACUUACUCUCUCACUUUAUACGAUAGGUAGCAUUAUUUCCACAGCAACUUAUCUACAGAUUCACACCCUUGUAAAGAUGUGUUCUGAUUUCCUAAUCCAAGAAAUCAAUGUUGAGAAUUGUAUGUAUGUUGCCAAUAUUGCAGAAACAUAUGGACUAAAAACAACCAAGGAAGCAGCACACAAGUUUAUUAGAGACAACUUCAUUGAAUUUUCAGAAACCGAUCAGUUCUUAAAACUUACUUUUGAUCAGAUUAAUGAACUUCUUGCAGAUGAUGACUUGCAGUUGCCUUCUGAAAUUGUUGCAUUCCAGAUUGCGAUAAAAUGGCUGGAAUUUGACCAAAAAAGAGUUAAAUUUGCUGCUGAUCUCUUAGGUAACAUCCGUUUCGGUACCAUCUCAGCCCAAGACCUUGUCAAUUAUGUUCAAACUGUGCCAAGAAUGAUGCAAGAUGCGGACUGCCACAAGCUGUUAGUGGAUGCCAUGAACUACCAUUUGCUUCCCUACCACCAGAAUACACUGCAGUCCAGAAGAACAAGGAUCCGUGGAGGUUUCAGAGUCUUAGUUACUGUUGGGGGACGCCCUGCUCUAACAGAAAAGUCUCUUAGCAGAGACAUCUUAUACAGAGAUCCUGAAAAAGGAUGGAAGAAGCUGAGUGAAAUGCCUGCUAAAAGUUUUAAUCAGUGUGUGACAGUGAUGGAUGGAUUUCUUUACGUGGCUGGUGGAGAAGACCAGAAUGAUGCCAGGAACCAAGCCAAGCAUGCAGUCAGCAAUUUCUGCAGAUAUGAUCCUCGUUUCAACACCUGGAUUCACCUGGCAAACAUGAGUCAGCGACGCACCCACUUCAGCCUGAAUGUGUUCAGUGGCCUCCUUUAUGCAGUGGGUGGUCGCAACUCGGAGGGGAGCCUCUCCUCGGUCGAAUGCUAUGUGCCUGCAACGAACCAGUGGCAGAUGAAGGCGUCCAUGGAGGUGCCCAGGUGCUGCCAUGCCAGUGCAGUGGUGGAUGGUCAGAUCCUGGUCACGGGAGGUUACAUUAACAACGCUUACUCUCGCUCGGUGUGCAUGUAUGACCCCAGCAAAGAUAGCUGGCAGGAUAAGGCCAGCCUCAGCACCCCAAGGGGGUGGCACUGCGCAGUGUCCCUUCUGGAAAGGGUCUAUGUCAUGGGGGGUUCUCAGCUGGGGGGAAGAGCCGAAAGGGUUGACGUUCUCCCUGUGGAGUGUUACAGCCCUUACACAGGGCAAUGGAGUUACGUGGCGCCACUUCAGACGGGAGUUAGUACGGCUGGUGCCUCCACCCUUAAUGGGAAAAUUUACUUAGUGGGUGGCUGGAAUGAAAUAGAGAAAAAAUAUAAGAAGUGCAUUCAGUGCUAUAACCCGGAUCUCAAUGAAUGGACGGAGGAGGACGAGCUGCCUGAGGCCACUGUGGGCGUAUCCUGCUGUACGAUAUCCAUGCCCAACACCAAGACAAGGGAGUCCAGGGCCAGCUCAGUCUCUUCUGUCCCAGUCAGUAUUUAGAUACAGGUCUAACCAGCAAUAAGUAAAAAAUGUUUACCAGCACAGCAGUAUAAUUAGCCCUUUACAUAGCAUUUUUGUGCUUACAUGGAAAAAAAAUCAUUGGCUUUGCAACAGUGCUGUUUUUUCUAAUGGUGCAAAUUGGCCACUUUUCGUGAUCUUAAGACAGGUGGCGGGAAAGAGCGUAUUAGGGAUAAGUUGAAUUUUCUUAGCAGGAAGAGUUAAACCAUGACUGCAGAUGGAAUUUUUUUCCUGACUUUGCCACUGACUCACUCUGUUAUCAUUUCAUGGAAAAUCAUUUCAUUUCUUUGUGCCUGGGCUUCCUUACCUGUAAAACAGAGUAAACUUGCUUCAGAAGAUUGUUGUGAGACUUUUUUAAUAUUGAGUUUUACAUGCUUUCAGAACCCAAAAUGAAAAUCAGAUCUUGCUAUUAGAAAAUCUCAGCAUGCAUGAGAAGUGGGCCAUGUCAUCAUGUUAUUUUCUAAGCAUUUUCUAUUUUGACAAACAGAAGGAAAAACUUGUAUAUGGCACAUGCAUACUUUCCUUUUGGGGUAGUGGUAUUCACAAAAAAUCUUUCUAAACAUUUUCUCCUUCAGAAGUUAGAAGAGAUUCCUAUUUUCUGCCAUGAAACCCUUUAAUUUUCAUAUCUGAUGCCCUGACAUGGCUUUCAAGACCUGAAUCCACAAAAUAGCUUUGCUCCUGUAGGCCUUAUGGGCCAGUGGCAAGGGCUGUCUUGGGUGCCACCUCCUCCUCACACCAGGGUGACUCUCCUGUCACUCCAGGUGGAAGGCAUGCAGGCCAGUCAGUAUGUCUUCUCCUAUUCCUGGUCUUUCCAUCUGUCUGGGAAUGUACAUCCAGGUUACCUUCUUGUUCAAGAAGGUUCUCACCGAUGCAAGGAGCUAGGACUGCUGCAGCAGGGACAAAAUCUGGAAGCUGAGCUCAUGCCAAGAGGACCUAAGGUUGAUGGUGUAUUAUUCUGCCAAAUUCCCAGUCAAGUAAGGAACAAAGAUGAAAGAAAGACUGCAGAAUCUGCCUUUAAGAGUAGGGCAUAUGUGAGGAAAAUGGUGGAUCGCGGGAAAACUGGAUGAAAUCCAAGAGACUUUCCAUAACAGUACCAAAGAGAUACCUUAAUUGCUUUCCUAGCAGCUCUAGGCACAAAAUCACCCAAAUUAACCUUUUCCUGGGCAUACCGUUGUGUACCUCCUUUUGGAGUUUUUGUUACAGUCCUAUUUAUUUUCUGAGGAGAUUUUAUUCAUGUUUUUCCAAAGGCUAGACUAAUGCUUUGCUUAUUGAAGUCUGUGAAGUAUUCCCAGUGAGUACAGUGAAGUGUUUGCUCAACUCAGAUUGCUGUUCAAGAACUUUUCUUCCUAAUUUCAGCAUGCAGUGGGGUAGUUAAGCAUGAAAUCUAAUGCUAUUCCCUGAGCCGAAGGAGUAUGCAGCCUAUAAUAUCCCCUGAGAAUUUGAUACCAAAGGCCACACAAAAUGUCUAUAUCCAUUUCUUGGGGAAAGAAAGAAGCAAUACAAGGAACAAAAAUGAUUUAAUAUAACCAAAAUGGUAGAAAUUCACUCAUUUUAACCAAUUCAUAGAGGUUUCACGUGCAAUGUCCUCAGAUUAUCAUUGACACCUCCGGGCUCCAGUGCCAAGGAGAAGCUACGUAUGCUCCUGGCAAUGUGUACAAGACAGGCAAAUUUUUAUCUCUUUUGCGAAAGGAGAACACUAUAAAAUUAUCAGUAAGUGCAGAUAUUGUUGAGGCAAGCACUUUCAGGACUCAUGCUCUGCUCUUUGUAGCUUUAUUGCAGCUACAUGUUGAGCAGCAGCAUGAGCACGACACAGUAUUAGAUAUGAAGUAAUUCACUCUGUCAGUUGGGAUUAAACUCCAUGGUACUCGGUCUUCUUUUCCAGUUCUAGCUUAGGGUUUGUGUCUGCAUCCUGACAAUACCAUUUUAAAUACCAAAUUCUGGUUUUGAGUGCUGCAUGUUAUUAGAAUCUACCACAUUGGAAUGACUUUUGGUCAGACUAGUGCUGUCAUACAGUUUUGAUUAAUUUACUUAUCCUGUUUAAUUCAAAUGAGUAAUAAUUCAAAUCCACAGUCACAGAAUAAACCAUGGAAUUGUGUAACAGAGUAAGAUUGAUUUGUUUUAAAUACAAAAGUGCUAUUCUUGCCCAUUCCAGUCACCAAAAUUUUCUUGUGGAUGAGAGCAAAUUUUUUGUUUUGCCAAAGUCACUACCAUGUGUUCCCUAUAAAAGUAUUUAGGAAGCUCUUUGAAAAGUCCACCUGCUCCAAUAUUUUUUUGUAAAAUUUUAAUACUGUUAGAUGGAGUUGCUUAUGCACCCAGUCCAACGUAGACAUACAUAUACAAAUGCAGUUAUAGCUGUAUACAUACUCCAGUUUUUUAGUAUUUCUAAGGUAACCAUAAGAUGGUAUUUAGGAAUUGAAAAACAAUCACUUUGGCCUCAGACAGACAUUGGAUGAAAUUGUGUCGUAUGCAAGUGUCUCUUUUUCCCCUUUAGGAACUGAGUUCCAAAAUGCUAUGAGUAGUCAGAAGCUGCUGUACACUUUCCCCUUUCGUGAGCCAACACUUCCUAUACAUCAACAACCACCUUCUGGUUUUGAGUGGAAAGGUACUUGUGAGUGAUGGGCUAAGUGCAAUGGAACUGCUCUCUCACUACUUAAAGGGUUAAAAACUUUGGGGGCCAAAUCCUUUUCGUCUUACUCACAAAAAAGUUCCAUUAGCUUCACUGGGACUACUGAAUACAAUGUACAAGAUUUCAAACUCUUGGCCAAAUUCUGGCAGAGCAGUAGGUGUAGAUGCCUUCCAGAUCUGUCACACCUAGAAGCAUGGCUGCUCCUCAGCCUCCACUGCCCUUGGCCACAACAGGUCCAUCCAGAUGUGUCCUAGGACAGGAGCCAAGUACCACUGGCCAUGUGUUCCUUCCAUAGCACAAAUUAGGUAUGUACUUCAGGCCAAAAGUCUUAGGUGGAUUAACAAAUGGUGUGGUUAUAAGUGUAGCACUUCAGGGUGGCUUCAUAUUAUUUUUCUCUAAGCAUUUGUUUAGGCUUCAACUGCCCAUUGAGCCAGGAUUUGGCCCGUAAUAUGUGACAGUAUCAGCUGGACUUAAUAGUCUUUUGAUCAUACCAAGGUACUGAGCUAUUUGUGACCUUUUUAUGUACAAUCUUGUUUUGUUAGAACUGUGAAAAAUAGUUUGUAUGUUGUGUUUUAUGGGGCGGUGUUCUUUCAUUGUCCAGUACUGUAUUUUCAAUCUCCAGAUGUUUAAUAAAAACAUCUCAGUUGAACUUGAGAUAUUGUUAAUCCUAAAAAGAAAUGUUUAAAAUGCAGUUUAGGAAGUACUGUAUAGGGUAAUAUUAAGUAGAGCAGAGGCCUUUCAACUGUAUGAGAUUCAAAUUGCUAAAAUGCUACAGGCGUCUUCUUUAAUACUAUACUAAUAGUAACAAAAAGACCCAAAACCAAAAAAAAAAGCUGUUCUCUUCAAAAUCCUUUUUGUCCUUGCAUUUUAUAGUCAACAUCUGUUCUUCCAAGAAAUUCAAAUCUGAAAACAAGCAUUCUUCGAUUUGUGAGUGAAGCAGAGUAAUAAUGUUUUGUUUUCUCAUUUAUUCAUGCUUGUGUAGGUGCAUGGGAGAGUGUGUUACAAGGCUGUGAGAGAGGAACUUACUGUUGGAAAGUUAUGCUGAGAGGAAGAUUUUGCGGUUAGUUCUUAAUGAAGAUGAGAUCACGAUAAUUUAAUCUCUUCCUGAAGUUAACCUGCAAGAUCAUCAAGGGUUCAGUAAGCUUAAGUGCCAACUUCUAGGUGGUCAAAGAGGGAAGCAGAGAAAAUGAGCAUCAACCAAAGCUAUGAGGUGUUGAAAAGUGUUAUGUGUUGAGAUUUUUUAAUGACAGUUCUUGCAGGAAAAGGUACAUGAUGAAUGAAAUGGCUGAAUAAGACCAUGCUUUAUAUUAUCCUGAAACCUAGAUUAGUUGAUCAAACAGUUCUAACUCCUUCCAAACCCCUGCUGAGUUUAGGAGGAGUUUUUUGCUGGUAACAGCUGGGUUUGAUAAUUCCAGUUGCAAACCACACGGUCAAACAGUCGUAUGAGCAGGCAUACCUGCUUGAAUUCAGUGAGACUUCUCCUAUAUACAGUUAUUCUCAUGUGCUGAUGUUUGGAAAAUCAAAAUACAAGAACUAAAUCCAUGGGCAGACAAGCACCAAUGUCCAAUGAAAGCCAACAUGCAGGCAUUCAACUACCCACUAACCAUGCAUGCACGUGAAACUUUUUAGAGACUAGAUUUCCCUGUAAGGAUUAUUUCCUUUGGGAUGGUUGCUCAAUGAAAUCCUCUGUACGCUUCAAGGGUUUUUGUGCAACACACAGGAUGGGAGAUGCAAGAGGCUCCAGACAGUGGAAAGGGGAAGGUGAAGCCCUUUAGCACAGUCAGAAGAUUUUGUUCCCAUUUCUCAACGAUGUUUGAGAAAUACAUGUUGGAAGGAAGAACAUACUUCAAUGCACACCUUUCCAUAAGUAACAUUUCUCUAUGUUACCCAACUGAGAUGGCCCAGCCUUUCUUAGAAAAAGCAAGACUCAAUUUUAAAUUGCCCAUAACUUGAAUUCUCAUGUGAAUUGAAUUUUCAAUCCACUUUAGCCCAAUUUAGCCAAGCUGGGAGAGCCUUUUCAAAUUUUGAAUCUACCUUGUUGGAGAAGGCAGUUGAAACCAAUAGUUCUACUAUAGUGUCCUGACCUUUUUGCAAAUAAUCUUCUCAUCCUUUUGUUAAUGACCUACUUUGUAUAAGUAACCAAAAGCAUUGUAUUGCACAGAUUUAUACUUUGACUCUUCCAUGCAAGAGGAGGGUCUCUUGUCCCUUUUAUUUUCUCUUUUCUUGUCUGUAACGGAGUGACUCACGGGGCACCAAAGAAGAUGCACAGAUGUGAACAGUACAUAAAAGCCCAUCUGUGAAUCUAAUUCAAAAAAUCUAAUUGCUGAUGGCCACAAUAAAGAAAAGCACACAUUCUGGAAUAUCUGAUGGAACAAAGGGGUGAAAAGUGAGUUGCUGGUGCUGGCACUGCCCAGAGCUCUGUUCCUAGAAGUUCCCUAAAGGAAAAAGGAAAAUACAUGCACUUCUAUAUAGCUUGUGUGAGAAAUUCAGUUAAUACCAGAUGAGUUUUGCCAUGCAAAAGGCUAAUAUGAGUUCAUUGUUGUCUCAAUGAAAAAUACAUUUUCAAUAAAAAUAUGGGCAAUUAGUAAACUUAUGAGGAAUAUGCAGUCGAUUUCUGUUGGUAAGAAUGGGAACAUAUAUGUUUAGAUACACUGGAUGUUACACUGGCUGCUGCUUCGGCAGUUUUUUUGUCAACAAUAAAAGUUCAAAAUAUAACUUAUUUGUGUAAAGCAUUUCCCUGGCUUAUAAGUGUUAGAUACAUUGCUUAUACAGAUAGGUUUUCUAGUUAUACAGUUUUAAGGAUGGACUGUGAUAACACAAGGGAACAUACUUCAACAGAAAAAAACCCUGCAAGUAUAAUGUGAGAAUGUUACUACUUAAAAAUUAACAUUUGUAGUGCAGCAGUUGUUGUUAAGAGGAAUAACAGCAUGUUGGUAUUUUUCGUUGUAUGUUUUAAGUAAAACUGUUCACACAUGGCACAAACAAAUUAUUCUUAUUGUAAAACCAGUAGGAAACUGUGAAACUCUCUGACAAACACCUGGUUGCAGUUGAAAUGUGCUUUGUUUUCUGAGCCCCGAGCUGAUCCUUGCUUUUAUAUCAGCCAACUGGAAUGUUUGCUACACCCAGACUGUCAAACCACUUUCACAAUAAGCUAUCGAGUGUGACACUGGGGCCACUUUUAUAUUUUCCAUGUUAUUACAAGGAGAUCAACUUGCUUUUUAACAGUGGAUCGCACAGUCAUUUGUUGUAAUCAAAAUGCCUAACAAGAAAUAAUGAUAGAUCAGAUGUCUGAUUGGCGAGUGAACAUGUUUUCAUUUGGAUUGUAUGAGAAACAGUAUUGGAAAUAAAAAUGUCUAAAUUUCAAGGAAAUAAAAUA